CAGAGAGAACUGGGCGCACGUAUUCAGCCCCCAUCAAUAAGCGCGUCAUUGUCCACAGUAUGGCUAAUGUAAUACAAUAACAAAACCGGAUUCUAAGAAACUGAGAGAAGAAGCAGCAUCAAAUGUGGAUUAUGAUUUUCAGAGCUGCGGGUGUUUUUGAAAGCUUCGGGUGAGGACAUGGUUGGUGUACUGGUCAGUUCCUUGAAUACUUAGCCAGAUGAACUUCCUUAAAGCUUUUUAAAAACUCUCGCUUGACAGAAUUCGAUUGAAGUUGGGGGAAGUGGAAUUAAUUCCCGGACUGAAAAAGAGCCCUUCUCAGGAGGAAUUUGAAGCAUGUGUACUGAAGCAGGUAUCAGUAAUGUUCGGUCAAAUACGCACUAUUCGCUUUAGUGUGCGCGCGCAACUGCUUGCAGCUUGGGUGAAAUGAUAAGGAUAAAAACGCAUUUGGGUAGCUGCGAUUGGAUCGGACACUGACUGGGGCUGACUGAUGUAUAUCCAUAAGGAAAUGUUUUUGGAAGAGGAGGUCAAUACAAGUUUGUUACCGCUCGCUAGGAGAUAUGCCAGGUGCCUUUCCUUUGCUCUCCGCAGCACCGGAAAAGACAAAACGUGGCUACGAAAACUUCGGCUGCUGCAGAUGGACUUUGGAUUUCAAUGUCCUCAGACACAUACGGAAAAUGUCGAUAUCUGCGUGUUUUGAUGCCGCCGCUAUGAAAUAUGCAUUAAUUCACACCUACUUUGUGGAGUAGACUUACAUACGUGUUGGAGCAGUUUGGACUGGACAUAAGCGUUCUGUACUCAAACCUUUUUAUACCAAGGGACGCAACAAUUGCACAUCUUUCACAUUAAAACGUAAGUUAAAAUCAGCGGAAAUGUAUUCGUUUUACAUAGGUGCCUAGUGCUCUUGUAGAGUACUCUGUAUUGAGUGACAUUGUAACAUAAAACACACUGUGUUAACGCAGAUUGACUUGGAAAUAAUUUGACUAAAACUGUUUAUUUCACUCGCAUAGAUGUCAAGGGCUUUUAUAGAGCCCUCUAUACUGAGUGACAUUGUAAUAUAAAAUAUUAUAUUCUAGUAAUUAGCCCAGUUAUUGGCCAGAUUAGUUUCAACCUAAUUAUGUCAGUUAGGAUGGACUUAAUUAACAGGAAAAUAAUUAUAACACAAAAGAAUCCUAAAAUGAACAGUUGAUUUUCAUUAAAAACAGACAUCUACAAGAUUAAACAGUUAAACCAAUCCAUAUGAAUUUUGAAUUACUAUAGAAAACACUGUUAAGGUACGGUAAUCCACUUGGCAAUGAAUGCAACAUGAUACUAUUAAACGAGAGCUUGCAACUCAUCUUAUGAAGUGUAGGGAAUGAGAGAACAUGAAAGGAAAAAAGUAAAAUAAAAAAAAUAAAAACUUGGACAAUGGCAAUGAAAUGCAUGGGGCACUCGGUGGUUUUACUGUCAUUCUUGGCAGUAGGAACUGUUUUUGCUGGUGUUUUUAAUACUUCAGAAAAAUAUGCUUUUAAUGAUAAGUUGGAGCAGCUCAAACUCACUGAUUCACGGCAUUGGAAGCAUCUGUCAGCCAGCAUGCAUCCCAUUUUGUACUUCAGCCAAGUUGACAUACAGCUACUGAGGCAAAGAUCCACUACGACCCACAGCCACAUUUUCAAAGUAAUCCGCACUGCUGUUACAGCCAUGCUGUCCAAUGCUCCCCUGUAUCUCCCUCCAGUAAAACACGAGGAGUUUACCAGCAAGUGGAAUGAGAUCUAUGGAAAUAACCUGCCCUCGCUCGCUCUCUAUUGUCUAAUAUGUCCAGAGGACACACCUGCCUUACAGUUUCUAGUGAAAUUCAUGGACAGGAUGGCAGACUACCCAGACUGGAUGGUAACAAGUGCCCCGAAUGAUGAAGUCCCUAUGGCACAUUCCCUUACUGGAUUUGCUACAGCCUACGACUUCAUUUAUUCUUCUUUGGAUGACCAACGACGAGAGAAGUACCUGAAAAAAGUACGGUCUGUAACAGCGGAGCUGUACGAGUUGUCCAAGCACAGAAGCUGGGGGAAGCAGUUUCUGCAAAACCAUCAAACCACAAACAUUUUAGCCAUCCUGAUUGGCGCCAUUGUGGUUGGAAUGCACAAUGAUCCGGAAAGCAUGAUGUGGAAACAGGUGUCUGUGAACUACAUGGAGAAGACCAUGUUCCUCCUGAAUCACAUUGUGGAUGGGUCUCUGGAUGAGGGCGUAGCCUAUGGAAGUUACACGUCUAAGUCCAUCACACAGUAUGUGUUCCUAGCACAGCGCCACUUCAAAAUUGACAACACACAGAACAACUGGCUUAGGGCACACUUCUGGUUCUACUAUGCCACCAUGCUGCCUGGCUUUCAGAGGACAGUUGGCAUCGCAGACUCCAAUUACAACUGGUUCUAUGGGCCAGAGAGCCAGCUGGUGUUCUUGGAUGCCUUUGUUCUGCAGAAUGGCACUGGGAACUGGCUCGCCCAGCAGAUCAGAAAGCAUCGACCUAAAGAUGGCCCCAUGGGCCAGUCCUCUGCCCAGCGCUGGUCUACUCUGCACACAGAGUACAUCUGGUAUGAUGCCCACCUCACCCCGCAACCACCACCUGGAUUUGGCAAAGCAAGAAUGCACAUAUUCUCCAACUGGGGCGUAGUAACAUAUGGGGCCGGCCUGCCUAAUAACCAAGGUAACACAUUUGUCUCUUUCAAAUCUGGGAAGUUAGGUGGGCGUGCAGUGUUCGAUAUUGUUCAUGACAAGCCUUACUCCUGGGUUGAUGGAUGGAACAAUUUCAAUCCAGGACAUGAGCACCCAGACCAGAACUCCUUCACUUUUGCUCCGAAUGGACAGGUGUUUGUAUCUGAGGCAUUGUAUGGGCCCAAAUACAGCUACCUAAAUAAUGUGCUGGUGUUCAGCCCCUCUCCCACUAGCCAGUGCAACAAACCAUGGGAGGGACAACUGGGAGAGUGUGCCAAGUGGCUGCGUUGGACAGAUGAGGAGGUUGGAGAUGCAGCUGGUGAGGUCAUUGCUGCCUCCUCCCACAAAGACUUGAUGUUUGUGAGUGGAGAGUCAGUGGCAGCAUACUCUUCUGCUAUGAAGCUAAAGAGUGUGUACCGUGCCCUAGUGCUACUCAACAGCCAAACCUUACUAGUAGUGGAUCAUGUGGAGAAGCAGGAGGAUUCACCAGUGAAUAGUCUUAGUGCAUUCUUCCACAAUCUUGAUAUUGAUUUCAAAUAUGUUCCUUUCAAGUUACUGGACAAGUAUAAUGGAGCUAUGAUGGAUGUGUGGGAUGCCCAUUACAAGAUGUUUUGGUUUGACAAUCAAGGUGCCAGCCCAGUUGCUAGGAUACAGGAGGCAGAGCAAGUUGCAGAGUUCAAGAAAAGGUGGACACAGUUUAUCAAUGUCACUUUUCCUAUGAGGAAUACAGUCAGUAGGAUGGUCUAUGUGAUGCAUGGGCCUUAUGUAAAGGUUUCUAAUUGCAGAUUUGUGGACAACAGCAAACAUGGACUGAAGCUAUCAGUGUUCAUUGACAACACUGAAAAAAUAGUUUCCAUUGCUACAAAUUACAAAGAUGUAGGUGCUCGAUUAAGCUACCUGGGAUUUGGAGGAUAUGCAAAGGUAGAGGACAGACAUCAAGUUACUCGCUUUGGUCUGGGAACUCAAAUUAUUCCUGAACAAAAUGUGGCAGAAAACACAUUAUUUGAUUUUGGAUUUACAGUUAAUGUGAUAGCUGGGGUGAUCCUUUGCGUUGCCAUUGGAUUUUUGACAUUGCAGCGACGAUUCUACAUUUGCUUCAACAAACUCAUGCGCUAUGCUCUCCUCUCUGUCCUUCUACUCUGGAUAAUUGAACUGUUGUUUGUAUCCAAUAGCUGCAAUCAGCUGAUCUGUGGUGUGAAAUGGAAAGGUGUCACCAUGGACUUGGAGGGCUCCACACAGUUGAAACAUUAUGAUCAGCAUGCCUUCCCCCUACCAACAGUUGUCAUCACAACUCUUCCUGGCUCUGGAUCAGAAAUACUGAAACAUCUCUUUUACAAUAGCUCAGACUUUCUUUACAUUCGAGUGCCCACUGAACACUUGGACAUCCCGGAGACCGAGUUUGAGUUUGACUCCCUGGUGGAUGCAUGUGUGUGGACAAAGUCAGAUGCUCAGCGCGGACGCUUCAAAGUAAUCCAAGGCUGGUUCCAUUCCCUGGUCUACAACACCAGGAUGCACCUGCAGAACAUCCAGCUACAGGAAUCCAGCAGGAUUAAGCUGACCCAGAGAGCUGGUGUCUCCAAAGACAAGAGGAAGAGAACGAGGAGGAAGGAACCCCUAGGUGAGCAGAAGGGCAGAGGAAAAGGAAGCCUAGACAGAGAUGUGGAGUACAUUAGAGAACUACGCCAACACGUAAGGCAGUACCAAAAUGCCCGUGUAGUCUUGAACUUGAGGAGUGGCAGCUGGGCCUUGAAGGUCCCUUUUAUUCAGCAGGUGAUUGGCCCCACCCUGCGGGCAAUAUUCAUAGUUCGGGAUCCACGUGCAUGGAUCUAUGUAAUGCUGUACAACAGUAAACCCAGUCUCUAUUCCCUGAAGAACAUACCACAGCACCUUGCUCUCCUUUUCAAAGAGGACAGUAUCAGAGAGCAGUGCUCAGGUUUCACGCCUGAGUUCCGGGUCCUGCGGAGGCUCUUGUCUCGCUCAGAGACGAACCCCGUCCUGUUACUGGCCCACUUGUGGUUGUCGCACACAGCCACAGCACUCAGGGUCAAUGCCGACCUCCCCCCGGACUCUUACUUGAAUGUGAGAUUUGAGGACAUUGUGCACUUCCCCCAGGAGACUGCAGAAAGGAUACACACUUUCCUUGGAGUUCCACUUACACCAGCCGCACUCAAUCAACUCAUGUUUACAACCUCAACAAACUUGUAUAACCUGAUGUAUGAGGGUGAUAUCUCGCCUGAUAACAUCAACAUAUGGAGGCAGAACAUGCCUCGAAAGGACAUCAGGCUAAUUGAGGACACAUGUUGGUUUGUGAUGAAGAGGCUGGGAUAUUCAAGGUUUACAAACUGAUUGCUGCUGGUCAGCUGCUGUAAUGUUAUAUUUUUUGUUUGUUUUUGUUUUGUUUUGUUUGUUUUUGUCUUUUGCACUAAUGGGAAAAUCAUUAAAAAAGAUGGGAGGGAGUUUAACCAUAAUCUACAAACUAGCGUGGAGUGAAAUGGACAUUCAUGUUAAACUUGACAAUGUUGCUUUAUUCUGUUCUGUCUGUAAUGUGUAUCUUGUCCUGAUUAAACUGGUACUUUAUGUUGGUUAGAAGGGAAUAUUUUAUAUUAAAAUAUGUUGAAUGAUUUGGGAUUUAAAUGAUACUUGAGUGACAUUUUCGUUCUGUUUCAUAGAAGAAAAUUUCUAGACUCUUCUAGAGUUAUUUGAGUCGUGCAAAUAUUCAUUGUUAUUUUUGUAAUGCUAUGUCCAGUGUAGAAAUGUGCUCCUGAUACUUUACUGGUGUUAUAUUACAAAUAUGGAUAUUUAAAUGUGGACAUUAUUUUCUUAUAAAAGUUGUACUACUAUCUGUAAUCUAUACACAUCUGUAUCUUUUUAUACACAUAUAUUUUGCAAAACAGUUUAUGGCAGAUCAUAGCUCAAUAUGCACAAAAGAUGUCAAACAUGUCAAAAGAAACGGUUUUGAACUGCUGAGUAGUCUGCAAGUAAUUGAACAUAUAUUUUGGUCUUGUUGAAAUAAUGCUGUUUCAUUCAUGCUUGUAAGGGGAAGAUCCUAGUGGUUUUGCACUUUGGUGAAGAGGAUCACAUCAUUAUUCUUACUGUAGUGUGUUUACUGUCCACAUCUAAGCCACAGCAGAGGCAUUGGUGUGCUUAUUGACUCAAUGGUUUCGGCUAAAUCUGUUAAAGGAUGUUGGUUGUUGACAGAAAUGGCUAAAAGUAGACAGGUUUUGGCUUUAUGACGUGUUUUGCGAAAGCACAUAGCCUGGGAUUUUUGAAGAUUAAAAUAUAAUAAUUA